AUAAAUAAAAAUAUAAUGCAUAAUUGCUGUUUCAUAAGUGUUGAUUAAACGAAAAGCUUGAAGAAAGCCAAUUCGAUUUGUGCACCACACUCUGUCAAAGCAAUAAAUGCAGGCGCAUUUAAUAAAAAAAAUCUUUGUUUUUUUUUUCUUUAAUCUAUUUUGUUUUUGCUAGCAAAUUUAAUGAAAAUUCUUUGACAAAUUAUUUCUCUCUUUUUGCUAAUAGUAUUUAUUAUAUAUUUCUUUCUUCACAUGUAUGCACUUAUGCAGUUGUGUGAAAUAUAUUUUAGGUCCUCAGCGUUAUUUAAAAAUACAAAUUAAUUAUAAAACGCACGAAUCAAAUACUGUGGUUACUAAUAAUUGUGUUCACAUUGUCGCGCUCGUCCCGCUUGCAUUCGGCAUAUAAAAGAGAAGAGUACAACAGUUACCGUUAAACCGACGUUUAGUAGAAAUCGAGGCAACAAAAAAAAUUAAAUUUCUAACGCUCCUAAUGCCUUUCGCCCUGCUUUGAGCUACUUUAACCUCAGCUAAUAUCAGCUGCUCUCAGCCGGUCUCUUAGAAACAUCAAUUGCUCCUGUCCUGCUAAGCCAUCAAACAAUUGCAAACUGCAACUGUAUAAAUUCCAUUUGUGGAAUGUGUAAUGAAAGUAAUUCGACAAACGAAAAUAAUUAUUCAUAAAAAUACCUGCAGCACUUGGCUACGAAGAGUUUUACGAAGCGGUUAAUUGAGAUUUUAAUAACAACCAUAAUUUGAGCAAUCACACCAAAAUGGCAACACAAUCACAACGAUGAUAGUCUUUCAAAUACGGACAAAACAAAACGCCGAUUGCGAAAAAAACUGUAGUUCGAAAUGUCAGAAAAAAACUCGAAACGAAAUUGUCUAAUUAAAUAAUUGCGUCUAAAUUUCAAAUACUUUAAACUAAAUUUCUAAUCUAAAAAAAUCACUUUUAUUCCUACGAAUCAUAAAAAUUAAGCAUACUUCAUCAACAAUUUUAGCUGUAUAAAGAGCAAAUACACAUAAAAAGAAUACUACAAAAACUACAACAACUAUGCAGCUUCGUAGUUUAGUGCAGCAUAACUCGCACAGUAGAACGAUUAGAGGCAGUCGGUGAAGCGCACAUGCUUUAUUAGUCCAAAAGAAAAAAAAAAAAAUAAAAUAUAUAUAUUAUUAAGUAGUAGCAGCAUUAGAAGCGUUAUGCAAUAAUAAAAAUAAAAUCACAACACAUACUGUUAUAAAUAUAUAUAAUCAAUACAUACACACAUCCUUAAGGCAAACUGCAUUGUUAAAGUAAUUGUAAUCAGAGAAUUAAGUAAUUAAAGCGAAAAAGAGCAAAUUUGAGUGCUAAAUAGAAAGCAAAAUACCAUACAAAUACAUACUUACAUAUAUAUAAAUAUAAAUAGCAACAACAAAGCACGAGCUUCCUAGUAGAGACCUCAGCAAUUAAGAAAAAACUAUGAAAAUCGAAAAUUAACACACAACAAAGCAAAAGAGUUAAAGCAACAACAACAACAAAGUACACACACAUUCAUUGCGCCACACGCAGUUUUGUACAUACAUAAGUCGAAAGAAAGCUGCAAGGCACCACUCAAGCACAGAACCGCAUUGAAAAUUGCAUAGCAUAGCAUAGCAUAGAGAGUAAGAACCAUCAGCUUGUAAAAUAAACUCACGAAAUCACGCUUCAACUGUACAGACAGCUGAGCUCACGCUUAACGUAGAAAGGAGUAGCAACGCAAUUACGAACAUAAAAGCUUAAGUGAGCAGUCCAGCACAGCAUCAGUUACUAGCCACACGCGUGAAGCCACAAACACACUCACACAGCCACGAAACAGUUAUACAACACACUCGCCAAAGUCCAAAGCAACCGUCCAAUUUGCGAGCCACAACGGUGACAACGAAUUACAACCCACCAAACGACGGUUGAACAGUUGGUGUAGUUGAGUUGGCACGAGCAUUACUUUACUUAUGGCCAAAAAUCGCGUCUCCGGCGUGUAAAAGUUGCUAAAUAAACUUAAAGAUCCAUACGAGAAACUGAGGAAGCAGAGCACACACGAACACCAAAAUGGUGCAAUUAUUGAUAAACCGAAAGCGAACGAGUCGCGAUCGCACAGUGUUGGCGAUCUUCUGUUUGCUCUUGGUGUGCACAACAACGCUUAGACUUGUCCAUGGCGCUGAGACGCCGAACAACGGUAGCACCAAUAAUUUGGAGGCCGUUGGCAACAAACCAAAUGAUGACCAAAAAGUGACUCGUAAUACGGACGUGGCGGCCAACGCGGACGUGAGUGCUGUUGCUAAAGCCGGCGGUGCCGGUAGUGGUGGUGGAGGCAACGCGGCAGACGUUGGCGGUGACACACCGAAGGCAAAUCAGAAUAAUAAUGCUGGUGCUGUUAGUAGCAGUGAUAAUGGUGAUGAUGAUGAUGAUGGCCGUGAGAAUGCUGAUGAUGCUAACGGUGGUGAUAAUGUCACCGCCUUGUCGCAGCACAGUGGCAGUUCAUUGCAAUGCAAAGACGGUCUGUUGCUUAAAGUUUGGAUGCCAAUUGACAAUGUGAGUACCGGUGAUCGCGUUGCGCGGGGCCUUGUGUACUUCCUGGCGAUGUCGUAUUUGUUCAUUGGCGUUUCAAUUGUGUCAGAUCGUUUUAUGGCGGCGAUUGAAGUGAUCACGUCCAAGGAGAAGGAAGUGGUUAUCAAGAAGAAGGGCGGCGAAACACAGGUGGUAGUGGUGCGCGUCUGGAAUGAGACGGUCGCCAAUUUGACGCUGAUGGCGUUGGGUUCCAGUGCACCGGAAAUACUUUUGUCCGUUAUUGAAAUGUUCCAAAAGGGUUUUGAAGCUGGCGAUUUGGGUCCGGGCACCAUAGUCGGCUCGGCCGCUUAUAAUCUAUUUGUUAUUAUUGCCCUUUGUAUUGCGGUCAUACCGAAUGGUCAAGUGCGGAAGAUCAAACAUUUGCGGGUAUUUAUUGUAACGGCCGCUUGGUCGCUGUUUGCCUACGUUUGGUUAUACUUGAUAUUGGCGCAAAUUUCACCAGGGCGAGUCGAAGUCUGGGAGGGUCUGUUGACGUUUAUAUUCUUCCCCACUACCGUGCUGACGGCUUAUAUAGCCGACAGACGUUUGUUGAUUUAUAAAUAUCUUGACAAGAAUUAUCGCAUGAAUAAGCGAGGCGUUAUUGUGAGCGCCGAGGGCGACGCCGUACUCGAGAUGAAUCGUCAUGAGAGCAUCAAGGAGCUAGCGGAGAACGAGGAGAUGAAAGACUUCGAGGAUGCACGACGUGAAUACAUUUCAACGCUGAAAGAACUACGUAAGAAGUAUCCACAAAGCGAUCUGGAGCAAUUAGAAAUGAUGGCACAGGAGCAAUUGAUAAAUCGAGGCCCCAAAUCACGCGCUUUCUAUCGCAUACAAGCUACCCGCAAGAUGAUGGGCAGUGGCAAUAUCAUGCGCAAAGUGCAGGAGCGUGCUCUCACCGAUCUCAAUGAGGUGAAAGCACAGCUGCAGCGCGUCGAAGUGGAGGCCGAAGACGAUGAUACGACGGUACGCAUCUGCUUCGAGCCCGGCCACUACACUGUCAUGGAGAGUUGUGGUGAAUUUGAAUUGCGCGUUGUGCGUCGCGGUGAUCUCUCCGGUUAUACGACCGUGGAUUAUCAAACGGAAGACGGUUCGGCCGAAGCCGGUAGCGAUUAUAUUGGUAAGAAGGGUGUACUCACCUUUCCACCGGGUGUCGAUGAGCAACGUUUCAAAAUCGAAGUAAUCGACGAUGAUGUUUUUGAGCAAGAUGAACAUUUUUAUGUGCGUUUAAGUAAUCCGUCGGAUCCGGCUAUACUCGCCGUGCCAAAAGUGGCCACUGUAAUGAUACUCGAUGACGAUCAUGCAGGCAUAUUUGCCUUCAACCAGAAGACGCAUGAUUUUGCCGAAUCGAUUGGCACAUACGAUUUGAAGGUGCAACGUUAUUCGGGUGCUCGCGGCAAGGUGAUCAUACCGUAUUGGACCGAGGAUGGUACUGGAAAGGCAGGCAAGGACUACGAACCAGUGCAGGGAGAGUUGGUCUUCGAAAAUAACGAAACUGAAAAAUUCAUUCCAUUGGGAAUCAUUGAGGAAGGCAGCUAUGAAAAGGAUGUCCUAUUCUACGUCAAUAUCGGUGAACCCAUCAUUGCGCCAGAUAAUAGCAUUAAAACGGAAGCACUUAAAUUUCUAAACAAAUUUCUCGACGAUGAAAUGGUAGGACUGAUUGAAGCCGCCGAGAAGAAGGCACCCGAGGAACUAACGGAGGAGGACAAAAUGGCGUUAUUGGGUCGUCCCAAGUUGGGCGAGGUGGUGCGUGCCGAGCUGCGCAUCAAGGAGAGCAAAGAAUUUAAGAACACUGUGGAUAAAUUGGUGCAAAGGGCGAACGCGUCACUUCUGAUUGGCACAUCGUCGUGGAAGGAACAGUUUGCGGAUGCGUUGACGGUAACUGCUGGCGAUGAUGAUGGCAAUGGCGACGGUGGUGAGGAUGAUGGGCCACAAUCGCCUUCAUGCUUUGAUUACAUAUUGCAUUUCCUAACGCUCUUCUGGAAAAUCAUAUUCGCAUUCAUACCGCCAACAGAUAUUGCCAACGGUUAUUUGUGCUUUGUUGUUUCGAUAUGUGGCAUCGGCAUGGUGACAGCACUAAUUGGUGAUGUGGCAUCACAUUUCGGUUGUACGCUCGGCGUUAAGGAUGCGGUAACGGCGAUUUGUUUUGUAGCGCUCGGCACCAGUUUGCCAGAUACAUUUGCCAGUAAAGUGGCCGCCAUACAGGAUAAGACGGCCGAUGCGAGUAUCGGCAAUGUGACGGGUAGUAAUGCAGUGAAUGUCUUCCUUGGUAUUGGCGUGGCGUGGACCAUGGCCGCUAUAUACCAUGAAUCGCAUGGACGGGCCUUCAAAGUGGAGGCGGGCACAUUGGCUUUCUCGGUGACACUUUUCCUAUCGGGUGCCGUAAUUGCCGUUUUCCUGAUAAUGUAUCGACGUAAGAAAUCAAUUGGCGGCGAAUUGGGUGGUCCUUCACCACAAAAAUACAUACAUAGCGCCAUUUUCUUCAGUCUGUGGUUGAUCUACCUAAUAAUGAGCACUUUAGAAGCGUACGGAGUCAUCCAAGGAUUCUAAAGGAGCACAAAACACAAACGAUCACAGAUAGUAUGGCCAACUACUACAUACAAACUUACCUACUUACUAUCUUCUUAAUAGCCAAAAAUAAAAAGAAACUAAAUUAAUUAAAACACACACAUACUCAUAACUGCAUAUAACAAAUACAAAAUUAGAGGCAACCAAUAUAUAAUAAGCCUAGAUUCAUAUAUACAUACUUGCGAUACUAAUAACUAGGCUAAAAUUUAAACUGCAUAAGUGAGAUGAGUUAAAGUGGAAAUUGUGCGUGAAAAAAGUAUUUUACAGUAAAUCGAAAGAAAAUGCAUAACUAAAACUAUAUUUGGCGAACAAAUUAUUUUAAUACAAUUACAAUUUGCACUAUCCUACACAUAUACUAAGAUACAAGUAUUGGAAGCCCUACAAUUUUUUAUCAAAAUAUCGUCAGUGGUUGAUAGCUCAGCUAAAAUAAUUAGUUAAAUAUUUGCCCAAAAAUAUUAAGAAUUUAUAAUAAAGUUAUAAGAGCAAGGUUGGUCUUAUUCUCAAAACAUGAAGACGAUUCUCUUUAGUACUUCACUUAGCCUAUACCAUAUUAGGCAUACUUUGAAACUCUUCAAUGACACUCGCAAUGCUUACGAACAAGAAUAAAGAAGAAAUUAGGCAAACGAUGAAGUUGGUUUGAGCAGAAACUGAAGAAAUCUCUUAAUACUUGUAUCUCUUUGAGGACCUUUCCGCAAAUUAACGUUAGAAAAGUUCUCAUAUUGGAUCUUGAAACUAACUAAACGAAAAAAGAAAGCAAUUGAAAGAGUUUUCUUUACUAGAUAUGUACAUUUUACUCCAUGAAGAGGCACUUAAACGAAAGAACUAUUUUUAUUAUAUACUGAUUGACAUCAAAAAGAAUUAACGGGGUAUCUCCGAUAACUUCACCGUUAUAGAAUCGAUUUGAGAACUGUGAUUCUAUUUUGACUUAGGUAUGUCUCCCUUUAGCUAACUUGCGCCCAGCUACUCACUGGCUUUGAGAAUAUUAAAAUAGGUCUUCCAUUUAAACGGUAAUUCAUUGAAUUGGCACUAGGUUUUUGUAUGGUCAGUUCGAUAGCCGGUGGGAGUUCACAAUUUAAAGUAGCUAGGUCUUAAGUUAGGUCUUUAGGAGCCAUUACUUUUAAGUCGUCGAUGUCUUAGAGAGUACGUAUUAACUGUAAAGCAGACAAGUUUUGGAAUAAAAAAACUAGAAAACCUAGGUUGGAAAUUUAUAUUAAUAACUGUGACUAUUAUUUGGCUGAGACUAUUAACUUGCGUGAACAAAAAAAGGCUCGCACAUAAAACCACUUUUCUAAAUAAAAUGUCUAACUCAAAAGUAUACAAAAAACAGAAAAAAAACAACAAAAAACUAUGCAAUAUAAUCCGGCUUGAAAAUCAUAGCAUAUUUCUAAUUAUAUAGGCACAAGCGAGGCAAACAUUCAAGCAAAAACAUGAAAAAUAAUAUUAAUAAAAUUGCAGCAAGGUGGCAACCAUAGUUAAAGUAGGCAGCAGAACGAAUGUUAACAGAAAAAAGCAACAAAAUAAUUAUUAUAAAAAUAUUACUAGCGGAACAGCAAUGCAUAAACAAAUUAGAAGCAAGCGAUUGAGGAAAGUCCAAAAUAAAAUUAAUAAAAAUAAUGCAAAAUUUUGAGUAAUGAAAGGAAACAAUCAUAUAAACUUUUUGUCUAAGGGUCCAGUCAACAUUUUACGGAAGAAUUACAUACUUACAAGCAUGCGAGCAUAGAAGCAUAGAGGCAUAUAGGCUAAUAGUAGAUAAAGCAUAGUUGAAAGUAGUGAUUUGAAAGCAAAACUAAAAUGAAAACAAAACAAAAUGAGCAAUAGCGCGCGAAGGUUGAAUGGUAGGACAUUUUACGCUGUGCCAUCAAAGCACAGUUAUACUGAAGUACUUUAAAAACGUAACGAAACAUCAAGUAUAAUAACAACAACAAUAACAAACAAAGGCAAAAUAUGCAAUAAACUUGUAUUACUAAAUUUAAUUUAUUUUUAUAUAUAUUAUAAUGAUAAUAUACAUACACACAUACAUACAUACAUAUAUAUGUGUAAUUAAUAGUAAUGCAACUAAGUUAUGCCAUUAAAGAUAUAAAGAAACAAAAUAAAGCAAAAACCAAAUUAAUACCAAGCAGGAGAGAUGCGGGAGGAGGAAGCAUCAGAUUUGCAGAGCGAUAGCAAUUUUUAGAGAAAUUUUAUUGUUAUUGUAUUAUUCUUAUAUAUUGUAUAUGUAAUGUGUAUGUAAUGUUAAUUUAGUAACAAAUUAAUAAUAAAAUGCGAAAAAAAUGCAAAGCUAUAGUGUUAAAGUAGACGAUUGGGAAAUAAGUGGAAGUUGUACGAAGCGAUUUCACUUUAACGCAGCGGCAGCGAAGAUGUGAAAGCAGUUUUUAAUAAAAAAAAAAUAUUUAGAAAAAAUAAUGUAAAGAUGCCACAAGUUGCCGUUUACAUACAGGGCCUUCCAUAAUUAAACGAUUUUUAAUAUGUAAUUUUUAUAAAUUUAAGUAUUAAUUGUUGCCAUGAAAAGCUUAUAUGUUUUUACAUAUUUUUCUUGUAAUAUAUUAAUUUAAAAGAAAAUAGAAAAUUAAUUAAAAUAAUUUUAAAAAAAUUUUAGUUUUUAAGUAUAAAUUGCUUGAAGAAAUUGUAAACUUUUGUUGCUUAAAUUUUUGUAUUAAUUUAUUCUUAUUAUUCUUAACAAAAAAAAAAAUUAAUCACAGAUAUUUCCUUUUUUAUUGUGGAAACUGAACUUGAGAGAGUAUUUUCGAAAAAUAUUUGUUGUUUUUUUCAAUUCAUAACGGUAAAUGAUAGAAAAUAAUUUAAAUUUCUAAUAUCAAAACACAAAAAAUGUUUUCAGACUAAGUGAUAAACUUUGAAGAGUAACAGCAGCUUUGAACAGUACAACUAAUAAGUGAAAGCUCUCCCUGCUCUGAAAAUGUUAUCAUGAAAAAUGAAGCUUUUAAAACUAAUUUAGAACAUUUCAAAUUUCAAAUUAAUAUUUAAUAAUACUGGAGUGAUGAAAUUUACACUUUCUUUGCUGAGCUUUCAUUGCACUAAUAAGCUUUCUCAAGAGCUCUAUUUCUUGUGCAUACUGUAAAACUAUUUUAGAACAUUUCAAGUUUCGAGUUAUUAAUAACUAAUGCGAAAGUGUUGAAAAAAUUUAAAAUCGUUAUUUCUUUGCUGAGCUUUCAUUGGAAAAAAAGCUCUCUCAAGAGCUUUCACUAUUUUGUUCUUUGUUUAUAAUUAAAAUGAGUUGGAAAUUAUAAAAAAAAUGUUUCAUUUUCACACAAAUUAAUGGGGAACGUUGUAGAAUAACGUUUAAAAAUAUAUUUUGUGCUCAUCAUCACCAUGUUUGUUAUCUAUGAUUUUCAUAAUAAUAAAAAAAUAUUAUUAAUUUUUUUCUGAGAUGCGGAACUAAAGCAUGCUGAUGACUCUACCAUAACGGUAUUGUUUUUAACUAUAAAACUUUAUAAGUAAAUAUAUGAUAAAAUGAAACUGUAAUCUUAAAAAAUCACUUCAAACUGCUCCAUGUAAAAAUAUUAUAAACUAUUAAUAUUAAACCAAAAAAGAAAAAAAACGCUAAAAAAUCGUUGAACUUGCAUACAUACACAACUUUAGACAAAAAAAAGAAAACAAUUAAAUAAAAUAAGGUAUAAUUGAAUUAUUAAGCAAAACACUUGUUGUUGGAGAAUUUGUUGAUUUGAAAUUAAAAUAUAUUUUGAAAGCAAAACACAUCGAAACUAAAUACAUAUAUUAAUAUUACUUAAGAAUACCCACAAACAAACAAAGAGUAAAAAUAUCUAUUUUCAAUUUAAUUUUGUUCUAAAAAAUAACAGUUAUUUGUAAUUAUGUACUUGAAUGCCAGUAAAUUAAAAUGAAACUUUCGAGCAAUGUCUCAAUUGUUUUUUUUUUUUUUGCUAACAUAAAACACAUUCUGUCAAAUUAGCUAUGACACAUACAUAUAUACAUACAUACAUACUUACAGAUAUGUAUAUGUAUCGAAUAUCUAUAUAUGUAUUGUGUAACCCAAGUCAACUUAGUUAUGUAUGUAAAUAUCUAUUGUAUAUUGUAAGUGCAUAAGUGAACAACCCCAUCAUUUAAUUCGUUUUCUAUAAGACUUGUUAUAGAUUUUAUUAAUAUUUAAUACUUAAAAAACAAAAUGAAGAAAAUACAAAAAUCGAAAGUAAAUUGUAUACCUAAAUAUGUAU